AUGGAAUGCUUGCGAGACGAGUUUACCGGCGGCGUUGUCCUGGGUGGUCGAUAUGAAACCAUCUCACCACUCAACCAUGGAUCCUUCGGCAUGGUUUUUAAAGCUAGAGACCUUGUCACUGGGGACGUCGUGGCUAUCAAGUGCCUGACGAAGAAGGCGGCUGCCGAUGAUGCCGGCCUAGAGUUCGCAAUCGAUGACAAGUCGGAGGAGCUCACUCUCCACCAGCACCUCGGCGGCCACCCCAACAUUGUCAACUUGGUCCACUCCUUCGAGACAGAUGCCCACAUGUACCUGGUCCUCGAGUUCUGCCAGCAAGGUGAUCUUUAUGAGGCCAUCCGUGUUGAUCAAGGACCCCUUGAGACCGAACAUGUCCGGCGCUUCAUGUUGGAGCUUGUCGACGCUGUUGCCUACAUCCACUCGAAGGGUGUCUACCACCGGGACAUCAAGCCAGAGAACAUCUUCCUCGCCAAGGACGGAUCAAUGAAGCUGGGCGACUUCGGGCUGGCCACCACCGAUAAGUGGACGUACGAGACUGGUGUGGGCAGCGAUCGGUACAUGUCACCGGAGCAGUACGACUCAGCCGGUGCUGGGUACUCUCCUGCCCAGGCUGACAUCUGGGCCAUCGGUGUCUGCCUGCUCAACAUCCUCUUCUCCCGCAACCCCUUCACCACCCCGACUGAGUCCGACCCAUUGUUCCUGGAUUUUUCCCGUGACAAGCAGUCCCUUUUUGACGUCUUUCCCGCGAUGUCUCAGGAUACCUACGAGGUCAUUGUCGAGUGUAUGAACAUGGAUCCAAGCAAGAGGUCACUGGUCGGAGCUCGCCGCGCGCUGAACCGUGUCGUGAGCUUCACCACCCUCGAGGAGGAUGAUGAUGAGUUCUGCUCCUCCCAUGCCAACAUUGCGUCGGCAAACCGGGAGCCGCUGCGCACGCCGUCGAUCCAGAGUCCCAUGGCAGACACUGGUGCAUUCCCUUGGGCCAAGGCACUACACACGACCAGUUCUUUGCUACCUAUCCGCCAGUUGAGCGCCAUCCCGGACGACGAGAGCUACACCGAAGACUUGUUCUCCAAGUCUGCGGCUACGACCGAUUGGUUCUCCACCCAGACCCCAUCCAUUUCCUCCAUCAUGGACUCGAGCUUUCCCACUUCCAUGCAGUCUCUCAACAUCAACAGACAGAUGUUGAAGCCAGCUGCAAAGGUGUCGCCGAUGGCUGGCUCCCUGCCAAUCACCAUGUCCAAGCCUCGCAAUGUGCCAGCUAUGUCCAUGGUCUUUGGCGACAAGGGUGCCGUGUCCAAGAGCUGGAGCGACCUCUGGGAGGAAGAGGAGGAAGAGCACCAAGAGGAGGAGCGGGCUCGCCAGCUUCGAGCUCUCAAGAGGAUGAAUUCCAGGACUUGGAGUGAAGACAGCAAGGACGACGACGACACGCCCCGGCAGGGCUUGUCGCCGAACGUCAAGUCGUCCGUCAUCAACGCUAAGCCUCGAGUCUCUAUUGAAGACGCCAUCGACAUGGAUGGAGACCUGCCAGACAGUUUCUUGUUCCAAGAUGUCAGUCCGGUCAAGUCUCACGACCUACAUCGUCAAUCGCCUCCUCAGCAGAAGCAAGGAUCUAUGGACAAGUGGGCCAAGCUUGGAGAGAAGCGCCGCGCAUACACGGGCACUCGCGAAUCCAUGCCCAAGCCAGACUUCACCUUGAAGACUGGUCACCAGGCCGGAAACUUCUUUGGCCAAGGGGUCUUCGGUGUUGAUGGUUCAACACAUCACAACAAUUUCACGCACAAUAAUUUCACGCUCGCCAACCAUCACAGCCACGGGAUGAACAACAAACAUCAGCCCCGGGAACGGGUCAAAGAAUGUCCUUGGAGCAAGAACAAAGGGCGAGACUUCAAUUGGAACUGGCGCUCUGAGAAGCGCCUCGAGUGGGUUGGUGCUAGCCCGGCGUAG